AAGCAGGUCGUCAAGGCAGCCCGCGCGAACGGACCGGCCGGGCCCGGCGAGGACCACAGCGAUGACUUCCUGGGGCGCCUGGUCAUCCCCGUCCGGGAGGUGCCCGUGGCCGGGGUGGACCGCUGGUUCAAGCUGGAGCCCCGCUCCAGCGCCUCCCGCGUGCAGGGGGACUGCCAGCUGGCCCUCAAGCUGAUGACCACGCAGCGGGACACGGCCAUGAGCCGCAGCGGCAGGCCCGGCUUCCUCUCCUACCUGCUGCUGCUCAGCCGGCUGCUGCAGUUCGAGCACCUGGCUGAGGAGCCCAGCUCCAGCAGCUGGUGCGGCGAGCUCAGCGCGCCGGCCACCACCGUGCUCUGCCUGCUGGGUGCCCAGAGCGGCCUGUCGGCGCUACAGCUGGCGGCGCUGCACUGGCAGGUGAGCAGCCGCCACCAUCAGGCCCACACCUUGGACUACAGCUACCUGCUGGGGCUGCUGGAGGACCUGCAGGCGCACUGGGCGGAGGCCGCCUGCCUGCCCCAGGAGCAGGAGGAGGGCCUGGCCGACAGCUUCUCCGCCUUCGCCGCGUUUGGGCUGGGGCUGCUGCGCCGGCUCCGAGACUGCUUCCCCGCCACCAACAGCACCGCCAUCGCCCGCCUGGAGCUGCUGCUGAAGUGCCUCGGCAAGCUGCAGCUCUUCCAGCCCCUCUGUGCGGCCUGCCCCUUGGAGACAGAGCUAAACGUGGACAUCGCUGCUCCGGGGCCGCAGCGCCUUGCGGGGCUGGUCGCGCUGGCCGACACCGUCUACGACGACCUGCGGUCCUGCUACAGCAUCUACGCCGGCCUCUUCCACAGCAUCAAGGUCGACAUCUUCACCCUCACCUUCCGGCAGCUGGAGCGUCUGGUGGCUGAGGAGGCCUGGGUGCUCGCGGAGGAGCUGAGCCCCAGCCUGACCCUCGAGGUGGCCGCGGCGCUGUGUGAGCUCUACCUGACCCUGGCAGACAUCCAGCGCCUCUGGCGCUGCCUCCCCGGCCGGGGCGGCCGCGCCCUGGCCCUGGCCGGCGUCCAUGAGCCGUUUCUGCCCGCCGUGAAGCUCUGGCUGCAGGCGCUGCGGGACCAGGCCAAGGGGCAGCUUCAGGGCGCCGUGGAGGUGGACACACUGGAGCCCACGGAGGUCUCUGCCAAGCACAGCAGCUCCGCGGCCACGGCAAGCCUGUGCUUCGGCCACAUCCAGGAGCUCUGGGCCCGCCUGGCGUGGCCGGACCCUGCCCAGGCCCAGGAGUUGGGCGCGCAGCUCGGCCAGGACCUGGGGGAGGUGGCCCUCUUCUACACGGAGCUGCUGCGCAGGAGGGUGGACACCCAGCCCAGGGCCCCCGGCGAGGCGGCGACCGAGCAGCUCUGCGUGGUGCUCAGCGACGUGCAGCUGGUGCGCAAGGCCGCCGCGCAGGCGCUGUGGGGCCUGGCCCCACCCGGGGGGGCCCCCCGCCCCCUGCUCAGCUGCACGCAGGCCCUGGAGGAGGACCUGCAGCAGGAGGCCAGCACCGUGACGGCGCACCUGACCUCGCAGAUGGCGGGCGACGUGAGGAAGUACGUGCAGCACGUCGGGCUCUCCCCGGACUCCAUCCAGAGCGAGGAGGCGGCAGCCCCGCUGCUCAAGUACCUGGACCGGAGGCUGGCCCUNNGCGGCGCCCGGCUCACGGUGGCCCGCAGGGUGCUGGAGGCCCUCUGGGAGCUGCUCCUGCAGGCCAUCCUGCAGGCACUGGGCGCCCACCACGACGUCUCCGCCGACUUCUACGGUCGCUUCCAGUUCACACUGGAGGCCCUGGUCUGCUUCUUCCACGCCGAGGGCCAGGGCCUGCCCCUGGAGAGCCUGAGGGACGGGAGCUACAAGAGGCUGGCGGAGGAGCUGCGCCUGCACCGGUGCUCGGCGCGCGAGGGCAUCGAGCAGUACUACCUGGACAAGCUCCAGCAGCGGCCCUUGGAGCAGAGUCGGUUUGGGCGCCUGAGUGUCCGCUGCCACUACGAGGUGGCUGAGCAGCGGCUGGCCGUGGAGGUGCUGCAUGCUGCUGACCUGCUGCCCCUGGACGCCAACGGUCUGAGCGACCCGUUCGUGAUCGUGGAGCUGGGCCCGCCGCACCUCUUCCCGCUGGUCCGCAGCCAGAGGACCCAGGUCAAGAGCCGCACCCUGCACCCGGUGUACGAGGAGCGCUUCUACUUGGUCAUGGACCACGACUGGCUGUCCGCCAACGACUUCGCCGGGGAGGCCGCCCUCGGCCUGGGCGGCGUGUGUGGCAUCGCCAGGCACCCAGUGGGAGGGGGCGCGCGGCUCCCACAGCCGGUGACCCUGCCCCUGCGCAGGCCCAGGGCCCAGGUGAAGGCUGCCCUGAGGAUGCUGGAGGGGCGGCCAGACAAGGAGGCCCAGGAGUUUGUCAAGAGGCUCAAGGAGCUGGAGAAGUGCAUGGAGGCAGACUCCUGA